CGUAGAGCUCGGUAACAUAGAGCUCGGUAUUGUAGAAUAUUCUGUAUUCCAUUGCAUGGUAUUCGAUGGCUAGGACAAAGCAGACAGCCAAGCAAAGGGUUAAAGAGAGGAAACAGUUUCUUGCAAGCAAUGGAAUAUUUGGCAUUGCGGAUGAACCUGGAGACAAUACCCCGCAAAAGGACAGUCGAACGCGGUAUGGGAAUGCCUUCUAUCAGCAAUGCACGGAAAUGAAAACAGAGACUUCUGCGACCACAGAUUCCCCACGCCUGAAAGAGGGGGAUACCCGACCUCUUUCCUCUGGAAUCUAUCUUUGGGACUGGAAACAAGACAGUUCUUGCGAAUACAAAGUCCGUGGUGGCUUUCUCGGCUGCACGGAAUUCGCUUUUUUCGCCAAUGCAGCCAUUGUAACCACAGCGAGUGCCGGCAGCUCGUCGGAUCAUCUGGUGCAACUUCACUUGCAAGAAUGUGACAACAGCAGCGAUAGCAGCAACAACAACAAUGACAAGCGGCAGUUUUGUGCAGUUCUCUACACCAAGGAUGAUGUCAAUUCGUGGGAAUACCACGAAAGCCCAGAUCAGGACCUUCAUUUUACAAAGAUUCCCCAAUGCAUCAACCCCACCAUUGAUUCGCACCAAGCAGCCCAUGGAGAACCACAACAACAUGGGGGAAUACACUCGGAUGUAUGGACUGUGCAACGCCCAGAUUUGAUUCCAGCUGUCAAACCCAAACUCGACAAACUUGCGGCGACCACACAAGAUCGUCCAAUUCCUCGAUAUCAAAUGAUUAUUGAUCCCAAUCAAUGCGAACGAAAAGGAAAGUGGGUCCCCUCAGAAUUCGACGUGACGCCGGAAGCAAAAGUGAAACUGGUUGGCGGAGAUCGAGCACAUUGGAUGGAUACCAAUCUCAUUGACUCUGUGGCAACUCCAGUGCUCCAAGCAGCCCUCCCACUCCUUUCUAAAUUGAAACGUCCCAAACUCUUGUUGGAACAGCAACGGUUGCAAGUUGCCGUCAAGGCGCAGAGAAUUUUCCUCCCACCUUCUACGGAUGAAAAGAAUUCAGAAUACAUUGGCCUCUGGCAUAUUGAUGGACAACAUGAACCCGUGGCGGCCGUGAUAUUGUUUUACUAUCAUGUGGCCAAGGAUCUACGAGGUGGGAAUAUGGAGUUUCUGGAUCGCAAGCCAAUGAUGGUAAAAACCAGCUUUGCCUCGAGUGGCGGAAUCAACCAAUUCAAUAGCACCAAUGUUCGAGAGAUGCUGCGAGGCAACGACAAUUCACGCCACGCCAAUUGUUCUGUACCAAUUGAAGAAGAAGGAACACUGCUGGUGUUCAGCAACUAUCAGAUGGUCCAUCGGGUCUUGAAAAUGAUCAAUCAAUCUACCACGUCCGAGGCCUCUCGAGAUUUUGUGGCCCUCUUUGUCAUGGAUCCGGCCGCGGCUCCCUUGGUUCCCGCACGCUGUCAUUUGGCCCAGCAAUACGUUCUGCAGCGCACCCUGGAAGGUCUCUGCCUUUCGAACGAGACCAUUGCUCAUGCUAGCAGCGACGGUGAGCAAGACGAGUCCAAAAAAAAGCAAAAGCUCUCCCAGUAUCUCACGGACAAGCCACUCCAGCUCGUGUUGGAAUUCGCGGGCAUUGUCCCAACCAUAGAGGCAAGGCGAAGCCGACGUAAUCAACUGUUACGGUCUCAGCUAAAGCCGCGCGGUAGAAUUGGCUUUGAUCAAGAAAACUGUGUCUACACAACCGGGAACGGAUGUUUUACCAUGAUUGGAUGGCUGGAUAAGGCACUCCAUCGGUAUAUGGGGGUAGACGAAGUUGACGCCGAGAACGAGAGCUACCGAAGUUGGGGCUUGAAUAGCCCUCCAGAGGAAGUCGGUCGGGGACUUUCCGAAACGCUCUCCAUUCCUUCGAACGAACUUGCCAAGACAUACAGGAACCAGGAAAAGUCUAUGUGGUGUGAUUUUUGUGAAGACGACAUUGGGAAUCUGGGCUACAAGUGUACAGACGCGGAAUGCAAAGACUUUAAUGUCUGCGAGAGCUGUUAUACGCGCAGUAGAAGAGAGCUGGAGGCAAAGCAUACUUUGGAAUCUUUUCGUCUGGAUUACAUGUGUGGCAAAUGCAGCAUUCGAAUUGAAGGGAUCCGUCACCACUGCACGAAAUGCUUUGACCAUGAAAUUUGUGACCAAUGCAUGGAUAGAUAUGAAACGGAAUUCCUGGGAGGAGAUCAUGCAUUUGUCCCGCUUCGGAAGGAUGGCACAGUCGAGAAAUCUGAUCACCGAUAUCUAUAUGGUUUGGGAGAUUUGUCCUUGUGACAUGCUGUAUAGCUAGCUAGUUUGCCGAUAACGGCGGGGAGUACGGUACAAUUCAAUCGACUGAUUGAAGAAUUGCUAAUAAUAGUUUUCAAUCCAUCAAUUCCAUC